GAUGUCUAUAUUGCCGAAGACAUGGGGUCAUUAACCAGUGAUGUCUAUAUUGCCGAAGACAUGGGGUCAUUAACCAGUGAUGUCUAUAUUGCCGAAGACAUGGGGUCAUUAACCAGUGAUGUCUAUAUUGCCGAAGACAUGGGGUCAUUAACCAGUGAUGUCUAUAUUGCCGAAGACAUGGGGUCAUUAACCAGUGAUGUCUAUAUUGCCGAAGACAUGGGGUCAUUAACCAAUGGUUAUUUGCAGUGAAUAUUUCCGGGAGACAAUCCGUCGUGAUAUCCGCACUGCGAGGGAGAGAUACAGCGGGACAGAUCUGAGCAGAGAACUGGUCAAAAUUCAGCAGAGGCUGGAUACAGUGGAGCUGCUGAGUCCUGAUAUAGUGAUGAACCUGCUGCUGUCGUACAGGGAUGUACAGGACUAUGAUGCAGUUAUCAGACUUGUUAAGACUUUAAAUGACCUGCCAACAUGUGAUGUGACUGAGCAGGACAAUGUAAAGUUCCAGUAUGCCUUUGCACUGAACAGGAGGAACCAGCCUGGCGAUCGUCAGAAAGCCCUCCAGGUCAUCCUGCCCGUGGUGGAGAAGGGCGAGCGCGUCGCCUCCGACCUGUACUGUCUGUGUGGCCGGAUUUACAAAGACAUGUUCCUCAGUUCAGGGUUCACAGACCAUGAUAGCAGAGACAAGGCUUGUUACUGGUACGGUAAAGCUUUUGAAGGCGAGCCAACACUGCACUCAGGAAUCAACAACCUGGUUCUCUUAAUGGCAGCUGGCCACCAGUUUGAAACAUCAAUUGAACUGAGGAAAAUAGGUGCGAAGCUGAGCAGCCUGCUUGGCCGAAAGGGAAGCCUGGAAAAGAUACAUUAUUACUGGGAUGUGGGCUUUUACUUGGGAGCCAGUAUCCUGGCCAACGACCACAGCAAAGUCAUACAGGCCUCUGAGAAACUGUACAGGUUAAAGGCACCAAUAUGGUUCCUGGGAUCAUGCAUGGAGACGUUUCUGCUCUAUAAGAAGUUUGCAAAACACCCUGAAGAGAAAUCGGCAAAGCAAGAACUGUUUGGUUUCUGGAUGGAGCUGUUGCUGCAAGCGUGCAAACCCACGGUGUCCACAGUGAGAUGUCCAGUUCUUAUUCUGGAGCCCACCAAAGUGUUUCAGUCCUCCUACCUGAGUGUCUGUGAAGAGGACCCGGACAAGGCUGUCCAGCUGUGGCACAUCUGCCCUGCUGAGGAGAAGGGUAUCCACAGCUGGACUUUCCCUGCAUCAGACAUUCGAGGUGUCAGUGUUUCAAAGUUUGACGAGCGCUGCUGUUUCCUGUACGUGCUGCACAAUUCUGAGGAUUUCCAGCUGUUUUUCCCCAGCGAAUCACACUGCAAGGGGUAGGUGGUGAGGAAAUGCGUCUUAGAAAUG